GGCUUAAGAAUAGGUCGCCGCGGGGGGUCGUUGUUGGUACCCCUAGGAGACGAGCCCUUUACUUCUCCCUCUCUCAGCUCUCUCUCUCUCUCUCUCACGCUCUCUCUUCCCCACCUAUGGCGCCGUCGGAAUCCCAAGCUCCGCCCCCGCUCUUCUUCAACACCAAGGAAAACCCUAGCUCUCGCUCUUGGGAUUUGGAUUUGGAGUUUUUUUUGAAGUAACUGGGAGUGCAAAGAAGAAUAGUGUUAAACUUGCAGUGAAGGAUUGGCUUUGGGGUUAUAAUCCGUGACGUGUACCUCGAUCUAGGGCUUAGGUUUGCAGAGAGUCUUUUAGUUGUUUAUUACAACUUGGUAACAUUUUGAUGGAAAAUUGUUAAAUAGUUGAGUUGCUUAGAGAUGUGAAGAGCUCCUUGUAUGGGGAUUCUUGCGAUAUAUUGGGCAUUAGACAUUGUGAAAAUGGUAGGUAUCCGCGCUAGUCUUCCUUUAAUAUCUUACAAACACUAAUGUAUUGCUUCAUACCAGCCGGUAUCAUCUCUCCACUGUUUUCUCCAAUCUUUCUCAUCCUUUUGGAUUGCUUCAUCACAUGUCUUCAUUAUUUAUGUGUGAAAAGUUGAUCAGUGUUUCUUUUUGUAGACGACCUUACAUAUUCACUUGCAGUUGUGGUGUCGUAUUUGUGCCCCGUGACUCCUCUAAAACUUGAAGGCGGUCGUUUCUAUAGCACAUGGGAUCGGAAUAUUUCUUGCUAAUUGAGAUCCUCUUGACUUUUUAUUUCUCGCUAGGAAGCUCCAUUCUUAUCUCAUUAUAUACCCGUAUGUUGAUUAGUUUUUUAUAGGUUGGUUGCCACGUAAUAGGAAUUUCUUGUGUUGAGCCUAUGGAAGAAGCACGCCAUGAUGCCUUUGGAUACCCUUCUUUGCACGAGCAAUUCAGAGAAGGGAAUGACUGGCUGGGAACUUUAAAUUUGAUUAAAGACAACCCAACAAAUAAAGAUGACGAUCCUUUGGUCCCUAAGCUAGGUAUGAUCUUUGGGUCCGCCGAAGAGGCAUACCAAUUCUACAUGGCUUACGGCUACCGCACGGGGUUUGGAGUAAUCAAAAGGAGCUGCCACAGCAUCGAUGGUGUCAAGGUCCGUGCGGCGUUCGUGUGCUGCAAAGAAGGCAAGCCCAAAGUACGUCCUGGCCCGAAAUCCCGAAGGAGAUUAGUAGCCAAGACUGAGUGCAAGGCCAUGAUGGUUGUAAAAGAUAAUGCUAGGAAGAACCAGUGGGAGGUCGAUUACCUCGAGCUUAAUCACAAUCAUCCAUGUGACCCCGAAAUGGUUAGGUUUAUGAAGUGUUUCAGGGAUUUGCCAGCAUGGCAGAAGGAGCACCGCCCAUUCAAUGCCAAGGCUAGAGUGGCUCCUAAAAGGUCGUCGAUGAAUAGAGCUUCUACGCAAGACAAAGAAUAUGUAAAUCGUCCUUUCGCCCAAAGGGAGUUCAGAAAUGAAGGAGGAAAGGGAGGUAAGUUGAGGCUUGUUGACGGAGAUGUUGAAGCUCUUAUGAAAUUCUUCGAUAAGAUGCAAGCUCAAAACUCCAACUUCUUUUACAGUUGGGACAUGGACGAAGAAGGCCGACUAAAAAAUGUGUAUUGGGCUGAUGCGAGAUCUCGGGCAAUUUACCAGUACUUUAGUGAUGUUGUAACAUUUGAUACAGUAUACUUGGUCAAUCAGUACAUGAUGCCAUUUGUUGCAUUUCUUGGUGUCAACAAUCACGGACAAUCCACCUUAUUGGGAUGCGGUCUUCUUGCUGAUGAAACCAUCGAAAAUUAUGUAUGGCUUUUCAAGAAGUGGUUACGUUGUAUGAAUGAUAAGCCGCCCGAUGCAAUAAUCACUAGUCAUUCGAAAGUCAUCGAGAGAUCUGUUGUGGAGGUGUUCCCAAAUGCUCGACAUCGGUUUUGCCUUUGGCAUAUUUUGAAGGAGCUUCCAGAAAUGUCCGGAAGAACAGAGGAUAAGGAAGUCCUAAGUUUGAGAAUGAAAAAGAUGGUUUAUGAUACGUUAACUCCCACCGAUUUCGAAAGAGAAUGGGUGGAGAUGAUCAACCAAUAUAGGCUCGGAGAUAAUCAGUGGUUAAUGUCCUUGUUUGAGGAUAGGAAGAAAUGGGUGCCGGCAUAUAUAAAAGACACUUUCUGGGCUGGCUUAUCCACCAUUCAAAGGAGUGAGAGAUUGGACGCCUUCUUCGAUGGAUAUAUAACACCUGAAACUACGAUCAAAAUGUUUGUUGAACAAUACGAUGAUGCUAUGAAGCAUAAGUUCGAUAGAGAGGCUUAUGAUGAUUAUCGCUCUUUUCAACAUAGGCCACAAUUGUUAUCCGGAUUACAGUUUGAGGAGCAAAUCACAAAUUUAUACACAAUAAACAUGAUUCAGAAGUUUCAAGAUCAGGUAAAGCAACUAAUGCAUGUGAUUUGUAGCGAAGUCAGUAGAAGUGGACCCGUGAUUACUUAUUCAGUCGCUGUUUUAGGAAAGGAGAGAAAGGUAGAAUACACAGUUAUGUACAACAAUGCUGAGAAGGAUGUUUGGUGUAUUUGUAGGUCUUUUCAGUUCAAAGGGAUUUUGUGUAGCCAUGCCCUAGGUGUUUUAAGACAAGAGCUCGUGACAAUAAUACCAAACAAAUACAUUCUUAAUCGUUGGAGGAAGGACUACAAGCGGUUGCACGCAUCUUCUUCAUCACCUCCGCAAGUUUCACGAAUUCGUGAAAUGAGGAUUUAUGACUAUCUCUACAAGCAUGGCCACCAGUACUUUGCAGACAUCGUCGAGAUUGGUGCCACAGAUGUUGAUUCGAUGGAGUUUGCAUUAUCAGUGAUGAAGGAGGCAAGGGAAAAGGUAUUAAAGUACGAGGAAUCGCGAGGAGAUCGAACAGUUAAUGGAAACAGGGCUUCUGAUGCCACCCAAAGAGGUAAUAGCUCAGCUGAUCAUUCAGUUAAUGAGAACAUAGGAAACGGUGCAUCUUCGAAGAGGAUUGCAAAUCAGAGAGAGAAGGCUCUUGAGAAUUCAAAGAAGAAGAAGAGGGGAUCCAACUGACAAACAGGAGCAAUUAUCUUAUCAGACAUGGCUUUGCUCUCUCCUGUGUAUCUAUUAGCUUUUUGUAUAAUUAUUUUUUCAUUAUUGUCUUUCGGUGGAGUUGAUGCUUCAAAUUUUAAACUCUUCCUGCUCCUUCCAGCGGCGUGAAAACAUGUCCAACCAAUCUGUAUUACUACUGUGAUGAUGGGAGGCGUCUAGGAUUUUUGUUCAAUUGGUUAGAGUUGCUUUAAUAUCUGAACUUGUCCAACCAAUCUAUAUUACUACUGUGAUGGAAAGCCGUUCGUCAUGGAAGAUCGUGAAGAUUUAGUAACUUUGCGUGAAUCUCUGAUGCUUGAAAUCGUCGAUUCCUAAUUGAACUCCACAACUUUUCUGACUUGAUUUGUAAAUAUAAAUUGCUUCGGCUUGCAGGUGCCAUUUAUUUACUGUUGGUGUAGAAGUUCUUUUUCACUUGGGAUGAACUUGCUUUGUA